UGCCGAAGUAAAGUGAAAGAGAAUGGAUUUUCCAUGUUUAUUGAAUAGUUCGAAUGAAGAUAAUUACAAAAUGAACAAAGAUGUUUCAGAUGACAAAGAGUCCGUGAAGAAAUCCUGUUCUGCGAGAAUAUUUGAUAAAGAAGUGAAUGUCACUAAUCGUUCCGCUGAAAGUUGUCAUGAGCCUCUGGAGGCCUUGCACGGGGCACGGAUUAUGGCCACUGAAUCUGCAAGAGAAAAGGAACAACUAACAAUUGAAAAGAUCACUCAUCUUGAAACAGUUAUUAACGCUAAAGGGAAGGAAAUCGUCUUUCUUAAAGAAACUCUCUUUCGGAAAGAUAAAGAGAUUUCUGAUCUCAAAGAAAAACUGUCUCAGCUACAACAAAGCUGUCAAAGAAAUCAGUUUGCUGCUGCUCAGCAAAUGGCGACAAUGGUUGAAAAGCUACAGGAGGCGAGGAAGAAUAUUGACGAGCUCAAGGGUGGAAAAAAUUUCAAUGUCAUGAAGAAUAAAACAAAAGUAGAAGAAUCUCAAAGCGGGCUACAAUUCUUUAAUGGCAAAGCUUACUUUGACCAUCAACCCUCAUGGUUUGACACUCUAUCAAACAACAGUGGAUGUCUCGAAGUUGAAAACUUUCCAGUAUCAGCAAAAGAUCUUGAGGCUUUGAAAUCAAAUUCAAAGCCCUCCACCGAAGCAGUUAAAGAUUGUGGUGGGUUGAAAUGUCGACUUCCACGCGCCCCUGAGGACGGCUUUGUCCGAGUUGAAAUGAAAAAAGAAAAUUCACUACUCCCAAGAGGAGAGGAAUCAAAGAUGAUCACCGGAUUCGUUGGCCAGAGGAUCAACUCGUUUUCUAAGAAGGCAAAACGUUUAGAACGACCAGCACAAAGUCCUGUGGAUACAUUUGAGAGACCUGAAGUCGACAACAGCAGCCCACCAGUAAAAUCGAGCCAUGCUGUAUUUCAUAAUACCACUCAGUCCUAUGGCGAGCGGAUUAAUCCAGUUCAACUCAGUGGUGUUCGAUCUGAGAUCACAGAUUCCUCUGGUAACAGGGUGAAUCCCUUUUCCAAAAGAGCUAUAGGCAUUACAGAACCAUCACAUAUCCCUACGGCCAGAUUUGUUGAAGCUCAAACUGUCAGAAACAGUGCGACAAUUUUCUCGAACGAUGCUGUAUUCAAGAAUACAGUAUUCAAUAUCACCACUCAGUCCUCUGGAGGGCGGAUCAAUCCGUUUUCCAAGAAAGCUAAGGCUCUGGAACGACCAAUACCUGAUUGUACUGCCGCCAACAUUGAAGGAACUGAAGUUGAGAAAAUCACCCCACCAGUUCAACCCAAAGGUGUUCCAUCCAACAAUAUCACAGAUUCUUCUGGUAACGAGGUGAAUUCCUUUUCCAAGAGAACUAAAGGCAUUACAAGACCACCACCUGAAGUCGACUUUGCUAAAGUUCAAACUGUGAGAAAUAGUCCGGCAGUUCUCUCAAAUGAUGCUGCAUUCAAAAUCACUGCCUCGUCCUGUGAGAUCAAUCCGUUUUCCAAGAAAGCCAAAGGUAGUCCAUAUUCUCAGCAUCGCCCAAUACCGUCUAUGAGCAUCGUUCCAGGCGGAUCUCAUGUCGUUUCUAUUUCCCCGCAGACUUAUCAGUGCAAAAGUCAAACUGCUCAACAAAUUGGACAAGGAUUCUUGAGCAGAACUUUCAACAAAUGGUUUGGAUCAUACUAUUAAAAUGUAAUAAAAUUUCAAAUGCAAUCGAGUCAAGUUCAGUUCAUUCUAUACAAGAUUGAUGCUCAAGAUGUAGGUUGUCUGCUGCGUUGAAUUUGUUUUAAAAGAUAUCAUCGUUACAAAACUGUUAUUAUGUAAUCAACUAUGUUUGAAUGCGAGAUAUUGAACCCAAGAAGAUCCUUUUCUAAACAUUUAUGUAAAUAUGUUAAUAAGUAAUUGCACAGGACAUAUGCGCAGUUCAUUAUUUUUAAUUGUAUAUUUUUUUCUUUUGGGGAGGGGGAG